AACAUGUACCAUCACUGAUGUUAGUUCUGAAACAGUAACAAUCACUAUAUUCUCUCCAACCGAAACACCUUCUUUGAGCGCUUGCCCUGAUAACGAACAGGUGCCUGAUGAUUGCGAUAAAUGCGAACAAACAACAACAGUAACUUGUACACCUACUACAACCGUUUACGUACCUACAGAUGACUAA